GACGAUGAUGAUCAUGAUGAUGAUGACGAUGGUGAUGAUGAUGAUUAUUAUUAUUAUCACGAUGAUGAUGAUGAUUACGAUGGUGAUGAUGAUGAUGAUUACGAGGAUGAUGAUGAUGAUGAUGAUGAUGAUGAUGAUGAUGAUCAAGAGGAGAAAGAAGAAGUUAUGAACCUUAUUUCCUGA